AUGGUGACACACUCCACACGGCGUGGGUUUCCUUUAUGGAAUGCUUCCUACAAACCACUAUAUUCUAUUCACGCACACGGUGAUCUCUGGCCUCAGAAUAUUAUGGUUAAAGAUAGUAAUGUGGUUGCUAUUAUUGACUGGGAGCUUCGUGGUAUCCUGAAUACUGGGAAUUUGCGAACUUUAUUUAGGGUUGGCAGAGUGAUUGGACGGACUAUGUGGUGCAGCCCUACCAGAAUAUUUUAUGCAACGGUUCCUGAUGGAGAAAGUUGUUGA